AUGGUCAUUUCCGUCGACGGAAGCAAGAGGAAGGAGGCGGCGCGGGAGCGGCGCGAGCAGCGCCGCCGCGAGGUCACCCUCCUCUGGGCGCUCCCCUACGAGCCCCACCAGAGAUGGUUGGACCGCCUGGCGCCGCGGGCCGUAGCGGUGGUCACGGGCGCCAACCGCGGCAUUGGCAUCGAGGCCGCCCGCCAGCUCGCGUACCACGGCCUCCACGUCGUGCUCGCCUCCCGCGACGCCGCCAAGGGCCAGGAAGCGGCGGGGAGGAUCCUGGCGGAGGCUCCGGACGAGGCAAGCGUGAGCGUGGAGUCAUGGCAGCUCGACGUGGCGGACGCCGCGUCGGUGCAGGCCUUCGCGGCCUGGGCGGUGGAAACCCACGGCGGCAUCCAUGUCCUUGUUAACAAUGCAGGUGUAAACUUCAACAAAGGAGCAGAUAAUUCUGUUGAGUUUGCUGAGCAAGUUCUCAAGACAAAUUACUGUGGCACAAAGCGGAUGAUUGAUGCUAUGAUACCACUAAUGAAACACUCUCCGUAUGGUGCUCGGAUAGUGAAUGUCAGCUCAAGGCUUGGUAGAGCCGAUGGCAGACGGAAUAGAAUUGGCAUUGCGAGCCUAAGAGAUCAACUGUUGAAUGACGAUCGUUUAUCAGAGCAGCUAAUUGAUGAGAUGAUCACGAAAUUUCUCGAACAAGUCAAGCAAGGUACUUGGUCCUCCAAUGAGUGGCCAAAGAUUUACACGGACUAUUCGAUCUCAAAGCUCGCUGUUAAUGUUUAUACACGACUCAUGGCAAGGAGGCUCUCGGAUCGGCCUGAAGGCCAAAAGAUAUACAUUAACUGUUUCUGCCCUGGCUGGGUAAAAACUGCCAUGACUGGUUGGGAAGGAAAUAUUUCUGCCGAAGAAGGUGCUGAUACAGGUGUAUGGCUUGCCUUAUUACCUCAGGAACCACCCACAAAUGGGAAGUUCUUCGCUGAGAGAUGUGAGAUAAGCUUCUAA